AUGGCGCAUGCCAGUGCUGACAACCCAGAACCGCAACAUGACAUCUUUGGCACCCAGAACACCUACGACAUGGACCUUCCGACCCGUGUUCCUCCAGCGCGGCCUCGUCUUACCUUCAACGCCUCAGAUACCAGCCAGGAGACUCUUCGUCCUACCGCGACCCCUCCUAUAUCUAUCCCAAUUCCCUUCGAGAACCCCGCCAUCCCUGAAUCAGACGAAUCCACCGAGGCUGUGCUAGAUAGGUAUAUGCGAAACCGCGAGGCUUCUAUUAGUUUUGAUGAUGAGAUCAAGUUGGACUCGGGAGUGCGUCAAAGCAUCCAAGAACCUCUUCGCCAUAGCCCUUCAAAGGAAGAUCAAAGAGGAAGACCCUUCUUGAUGGCCACAGAACAAAGGUCCUAUCGAGCCCACAGUGAGUCGGAACGGUCACACUAUGAUCAGAUUACUGGCCGACACCUGCCCCAGUAUUCCACCAGCCCACCACGAGAGCAAGCCCGCAUUGGCGAAGCUCGCUUCCCUCUGCUACAGAGAACCGUUGAUGACAUGGCUCGAGAAUCUCAGAUCGACCUCUCCACAUCACCCAUGGUCCCUCCCUCUGCAGAAGUCGUUUCCCCGCGUUAUGAAGCGAACUAUGGGCUCUCCCCUACUGCCGUCAUGUCGCCCAGCGAUGGACAAGCCUUCUCUUACGAUGAGCCGCGGCAGUUCCGGCGCACUGCGUCUCAGCGAUGGAGAGAUGGCGAAUUCUCGGCAUCACCUCAAGACUUUUUUUCUCGAGCAGGAAGUCUACGCAAGAGCAUGCACGACAUUGCCGGUCGAGCUUCACGCCAAAACACCUCGGGCUCUACAAAAUCACCAAGGUCGGCCGCAUCCUCCUAUCUACGUGCCUUUUCACUCAGCAGCGGUACCAAUGGUGAUGGCAUUGACAUGGUUUCACCCUCCGUGGAUGGUGAAGGGCAGACCAUUGGCGACGACUAUGUCCUUGGCAAGCGGAUCGGCUUUGGUGGUUUCAGCACCAUCAGAGAGGUGACCCAGCUUCAGGAUGGAAACCAUCGGAAGCUCGCCGUCAAAAUCGUGCGCCGGCGUUUGGCCGAUCAGAGUGAGCUUGAGAACGAACAAGCACAGGCCGAGUUUGAACACGAAGUGGAACUUUGGCGCUUCCUGAACCAUCCUAACAUCCUCCCACUCGAGGCCGUCUAUAAACUUGACGAAGCAACCUUCUGCUUUAUUCCUCUCAACGUUGGCGGAACCUUGUUCGACCUCGUACGAUCCCACCGCAAAGGUGUUCCGACUGAAAUUGCAAAGUCCUACGCUUAUCAGCUUGCAUCGGGCUUACGGUACCUUCAUCUCGAUGCACGGGUGGUCCAUCGUGACAUUAAGCUUGAGAACUGUCUGAUUGAGCCUACUUCUGAUGGGCAGCCUGGUUUACUCCGCAUUUGCGACUUCGGCAUGGCCGAAUGGCUUUCCAACGAUCACGGCUCUGGGCCUCCGAGUCCGUCAAUGGACUCGGAUAGACCACCGCAGAAACACAUUGGACCAGCAGACACCUCAACAUCUGCCUUUACUGGAGGAAGUCUCGAGUAUGCGGCGCCCGAGAUACUUCGAACUGCAGAGCGACUUGAUUCAUCCGAACCAGCCGAACGGGCUAUCGUAUCUCCCGCAGUUGAUGUCUGGGCAUAUGGUGUAUGUAUCUACAGUAUCGUGGUCGGCACUCGACCGUUCAGCGACGCUUUCCAGCCGCGUGUCACGAUGAAGAUCUUAGCGGGUGAGUGGGACCGACAGAAGCUCGCUGACAGAGGUGGUGAUGAUGCGUUUGAGCUGGUCAGCAAUUGCCUAGCAAUGGAGGACUCUUGUCGAUGGAACAUCAGCCAGGUAGUUGAGUCGUCCUGGUUAGAGGAGUACGCGGCAAAUGAAGACUCCCCGCAGUCCACCACAGGAGCAUGGCGACUCUGA